CGCGAUUGGAUCACUGGCGAGGGAGGCGUGUUUAGGGGGGUGGCGACCGAAGUUAGCCGCCGAGCUCGGCAGCGUUUUGCGUGAUUGAUUGCGUCCCUAAUCCUCACUUCGUUCGCUUUGUCCCUUUCAUCAUCCCCUGUGCUUGUCUCGCCCGCUCUCUCUCGCCUUCCACAACCCUCUCCCUCUUCCAUCUCAUUUCCGCUGCGGCUGCAACAAUAAAAUAAUAAGUCUCGUGCAGGCGAAGGACGUACGACGACGCGGACGCACCGUCAAAGUCUACAGGCUGCGCAAUCCCUUUCUCCCUCUUAUCCCCAAGGCGAGGAGCUGAGGGGGGGGGGGGGGCCCUUCUGCUGCUGUUCUUGUUUCCCCGCUCUCCAAGAUGUCGUCCCCGAGCAAGCGCCGCGAGAUGGACCUUAUGAAGCUGUGAGGAUGCUGGACCUCUCUUGGAUGAUGAGCGACUACAAGGUCGAGAUGGUGAACGAUGGGAUGCAGGAAUUCUUCGUCGAAUUCAAGGGGCCGGCCGAAAGUAUCUACCAAGGCGGUGUCUGGAAGGUUAGGGUAGAACUGCCUGAUGCAUAUCCUUACAAAUCCCCGUCCAUCGGCUUCAUCAACAAGAUUUAUCACCCAAAUGUCGAUGAGAUGUCUGGCUCUGUAUGUUUAGAUGUCAUAAACCAAACAUGGAGCCCAAUGUUUGAUCUAGUAAAUGUUUUUGAAGUAUUCCUUCCACAGCUGUUACUAUAUCCAAAUCCUUCUGAUCCAUUAAAUGGGGAGGCUGCAGCACUGAUGAUGCGUGAUCGUCCUGUUUAUGAACAGAAAGUGAAAGAAUAUUGUGAGAAGUAUGCCAAACCAGAGGACGCUGGUAUCACUCCGGAAGACAAGUCCAGUGAUGAAGAGCUUAGCGAGGAGGAAGACGACUCCGGUGAUGAAGCUAUACUUGGCAAUCCUGAUCCCUAGUCUGAGUUGGAAGAAGCCAGUCCAGCUCAUCAAUACAAUGUUUAUUGCAGAAAUUGCAAUUAAACAAAAACUGAAAAACAAAAAAACUUUGGAUGGCAUGUAAAUAAGUGUACCUUGUAUGUUCUCCAAUGUUGUUUCCUUCAUUUGGCUGAUCGAAAUUCUGAUUGCUCUUA